UGUGGAUGUAAUGGCGCUGUAAAAUUGUUUUUAAACCCCUGGGGCCUGAACCGGCUGAGUAUCCAACUCGAAACUCACAGUUCACACACCGGUACACCUCCCGGCAAAACCAAGGAGAUAAAAAGGGCUGCUGUAUUCUGCGCUGCAUCCGAGCAGAGGGAACAAGAGCCUUAUGUGUCUCUCCAAGCAGCUGGCGCAACUCGCCAUGCUUAUUCUACUGGCAUUGCUGCUCUUGUGCUAUGGAGCUGGAAACGUCUAUUGCGUUCAUGAUAACAACACGGAUCUGCACUCACUGCUGGAUUUCAAACAGGGCGUCACCAGCGAUCCUAAUGGGGCCUUAAGCUCUUGGAACACGGACACCCACUAUUGUAGGUGGAAGUAUGUCACAUGCACCCAGACGCGACCAUGGCGCGUCUCGGGGCUCAACCUUACGGGCCAAAGUUUAGAAGGCCAAAUCAGCUCCUCUCUUGCAAACCUGACGUUCCUUAGUGUCAUUGAUCUGUCCGUUAACAACUUCUUUGGCAAGUUACCUCCUCUUAAUGGUCUCCAGCAACUAGACACUCUUUAUCUGAAUAAGAACUCACUUGAGGGGAUUAUUCCUGAUACACUUACAAAUUGUUCCAAACUAAAGAUUCUGGACCUCGCUGAGAACCAGCUCUCUGGUACCAUUCCUGCUAAAAUAGGCUCUCUUUCCAAUCUAGGAGGCUUGGAUCUUGGCUACAAUAAUCUUACCGGGAUCAUCCCUCCUACCUUUUCAAACCUCACCAGCUUGUCCUUUUGCAGUGUUCAAGCAAAUCAACUUGAAGGAACCAUUCCCCAUGGGAUUUGGCUAUUGUCCAACAUGACGGUUUUGGGACUCGGUAAUAACAGCCUUUCAGGUGAAAUCGCACAAACGAUUAAUAUGUCUCGUCUCCAAACUCUAGAUUUGGUGUUCAAUAAGCUAAGCAAGGGUUUGCCAUCUAACAUUGGGGAUGCCCUCCCAAGUCUCCUAAGCCUAACGUUGGGAGGCAACACGUUCGUAGGUCAAAUCCCAGCUUCCCUAGGCAAUGCUUCAGGGCUGCAGCUGAUAGACUUAUCAAAAAACAGUUUCACAGGCCUAAUUCCUGCUUCUUUGGGAAAUCUUUCUAGCCUAACCAAGCUAAACCUUGACACGAACAAGCUUGAAGCAGAGGAUAGGCAAAGCUGGGAAUUCUUACAUGCUUUGAGAAACUGUGGUUCUCUAAUCGAGCUCUCAAUAUAUGAUAAUCGGUUGCAGGGAGAUAUACCAGAUUCGGUUGGUACCUUACCCACCACACUUGAAUAUCUGACAUUCGGCAGAAACGAAUUAACAGGGAUAGUUCCCCCUACCAUAGGGAACCUUUAUAACCUGGUUAAACUGGGACUAGAGGAGAACAAUUUGAGUGGUGCACCUGAAGAAUGGAUUGGAAAGCUAAAAAAACUACAAGGUCUAUAUCUCAGUGGUAACAACUUCACCGGUUCAAUUCCAUCCUCCAUCGGCUACCUUACUCAGUUGACAUUGCUCUUUCUAGAUAGAAAUGAAUUCGAGGGUCCCAUACCUCUCAGUAUUGAAAACCUCGUACAGCUCUCAGUGCUGAACCUUAGUUACAAUAACUUCCAGGGUAACAUACCUCUAGGGGUUCGAAAUCUUAAACAACUCUUUCUACUAGACCUUUCAUCAAAUAAGUUUACUGGGGAAAUUCCUUAUGGUCUGGGGCAAUGCCAAAACUUAGAAACAAUAGAGAUGGACAAAAAUUUUCUCAUAGGAGACAUUCCGGCGUCAUUAGGCGACAUAAAGGGCUUGAUCUUACUCAACCUUUCCCAUAAUAAUUUGUCGGGGAGCAUCCCUAUAACCCUCAAUUAUCUAUCAAUCCUCAACAAGCUAGAUCUUUCAUACAAUAAUCUCCAAGGAGAAUUACCACAAAAUAGAGUGUUAGCAGAUCCUACCGUUGUUUCACUCUAUGGAAAUCGGGGACUCUGCGGAGGAGCUGUCAUUCUCCAUAUGCCCUCAUGCACAAAAAAUCCUACCGUAUGCCCUCAUUCACCCUAUGGACGACUCUGCGGAGGAGCUGUCAAUAUUCAUAUGCCCUCACGCCCGGAAUAUUACUUGGCCAGAGUGUUGAUUCCCAUAUUUGGCUUCAUGUCGCUCGUAUUAUUGUUGGUCUACCUUUUACUCCUUGUGAAGAAGACCCCAAAAAUAAAUAUAUCACCGACUUCUUUUCGUCAGGAUUUUCUUAAAGUUUCUUACAAUGAUCUAGCUCGAGCCACAAGGAACUUCUCAGAAUCUAACCUUGUUGGGAGAGGAAGUUAUGGUUCAGUCUACAGAGGAAAGUUAAAGGAAAACAAAAUGGAGGUGGCCGUGAAGGUUUUUAACCUUGAGAUGCAAGGUGCAGAGAAAAGCUUCAUGUCAGAAUGUGAAGCACUGAGAAGUAUUGAACAUCGGAAUGUUCUCCCCAUCAUAACUGCAUGCUCGUCGAUCAACAACAAUGGCGAUGCUUUCAAAGCUUUAGUUUAUGAGUACAUGCCUAAUGGCAAUCUGGACAUAUGGUUGCAUCCCAAUGGAGAGGGUAAAGCUCCAAAUAAGCGUCUAGGCCUAACCCAAAGAAUAAGCAUAGCCGUAAACAUAGCUGAUGCAUUGGACUAUUUGCAUCAUGACUGUGGAAGGCCCACUGUUCAUUGUGACGUGAAGCCUAGUAACAUCCUUCUAGAUGUUUAUAUGACCGCUCUUUUGGGGGACUUCGGUAUCGCAAGGUUUUAUGAUGAUUCUUCGUCGACAUCAACAUGCUCAGUCAGUAUAAUUGAUUUGAAGUAUACUAUAGGAUAUAUUCCUCCAGAGUACGCCGGCAGAUGCCAUGUAUCAACUUCUGGGGAUGUGUAUAGUUUUGGAAUAGUGCUUUUGGAGAUGCUGACAGGCAAAAGACCAACACAUCAUAUGUUCAAGGACGGACUUAACAUCGUCAACUUCGUGGAGAGCAGCUUUCCAGAACAAAUAUUACAAGUCAUUGAUCCUCAUCUCAUAGAUGAAUGCAAGGAUUUUUCUCAACAAAAUAUGGUACCAGAAAUUGCGUUCAGCCAAUGCGUGGCGUCGCUGUUGCAGGUCGCGCUUUCUUGCACACGCGCAUUGCCAAGAGAACGAAUGAACAUGAAACAAAUAGCCACCAAGAUGCAUGGAAUCGAGACUUCAUGUCUUGUAUGGAAAUCUAGGUAUGCUAGCUAGAGCGACUUGGUCAACUGGAGCUGCGGCACUGGGAGUUGGCGAUAGGUAUGCAGGUUUCUUUAUGCUCUGAUCCCCGAUAACGUUUUGAAGUCUAAGUCCAUAAUGUUGUUCUUUAAAAAAAUAAUUAGAGUACAAAUGCAACAUGGAUUUUGGUGAAUAACAAAAUUACUUAAUAUUUGUGUA